UUAUCUAAUGUCUAUCCCACGCAGUGCAGUCACACAGCACUCUUCUAUCUAGAUCUAGAUAGAUCUAGAUAUCUAGAUUAUAACAGUCUAGUCUAGAUAUGUUUCCAAAAGGCUCAUAAAAAGGUUCAUUAUACACAAGUUGAUUCAAAGUUGAACCCUCAACAUUGUAGGAAAAAUUCAUCUUUGUAAUCUAAAAGAUGACUCUUGAAGCUAUUCGCUAUCAGUCUGGUAGGCUGGAGAUUUUAGAUCAGUUACUACUGCCAGAUGUAACGGAAUAUAUUUCAAUUAAAAACACUCAAGAUGGCUGGAAGGCAAUCAAACUGAUGCAGGUAAGAGGAGCUCCAGCUAUUGCAAUAGUUGGUUGUCUGAGCUUAGCUGUUGAGCUCCAUGACAAGGAAUUCUCCUCUCCUGAAGAUCUGAGAAGUUUUGUGGAGGAACAGUUGGACUACCUGGUCUCAGCGCGCCCAACAGCUGUCAACAUUAGUGACGCCGCAGUCAAGGGCAAAUCCUUGGUCGCACGGCUAGUCAGUGAUCAGAAGUAUACAACAGAAGAAAUCAAGCUCAGAGUCAUCAAAGAGUUUGAAGACAUGCUGCAGUAUGAUAUCAAGGUAAAUCAAAGCAUUGGACAUUUUGGGGCUGAAUUUAUUUUACAAAAGAAUGACAACCAGCCUGUCAACGUGCUGACCCACUGUAACACAGGGUCACUGGCAACUGCUGGCUAUGGCACUGCAUUGGGUGUGAUACGUAAGCUUCAUGAGCAAAGCAAGCUUGAGCAUGCUUAUUGCACAGAAACGAGACCUUACCUUCAAGGUGCUAGGCUGACAGCGUACGAGCUGGUUCAUGAAAAAAUGAACGCCUCAUUAAUCUGUGACAAUAUGGUGGCUGCACUCAUGGCAGAGAAAAAAAUUCAUGCUGUUAUUGUUGGUGCAGAUCGCGUGGUUGCCAAUGGUGACACAGCAAACAAAAUUGGUACCUAUCAACUAGCAGUCCUGGCCAAGUAUCAUCAAGUGCCAUUUUAUGUGGCCUGUCCCCAGACAACUUUUGAUUCCAACUUGAAGGCUGGAGAUGAUAUUCAGAUAGAAGUCCGCCCACCUGAAGAACUCACCUGUAUAAAAGGCAUCCGAGUGGCUGCUGCAGGUAUCAACUGUUGGAACCCAGCAUUUGAUGUUACCCCAGCUCAGCUCAUUACAGGGGGCAUAAUCACAGAAUUUGGUGUCUUUAGACCAGAAGAGCUCUUACAGAAAUUCAAUGAACAUUCAACUGAACAGUUUAAAUAAAAAAAGAAUGUAGUUAAUGUUGGCAUGAAUCAGAUGUAUAAGAAUUGCUGUAUUACAUGAAUGUCACUGAGUAAAAGAUUGUCACUUA